GGGUUUGGUUCCAGCCCAGUACUAACACACAUAAUCGUGAUGAUUAGGCUACAGUAGGCUAAUCAUAGCAAUAAUAGUUCAGAGGUAAAGUGAGCCCUAAUACACUUUCUUGUUUUAUUCUCAGCCUGUCAUUUUCAGACAUUAGACACACUCAUGUUUGCAUUAGCAAGAAAAAAAAAGGGCGAACUACGAUGCGCUAUUGGUGGAAGUUCUUCCCAUGUGAUUGAUGUUCAAUGUUCUUGUUGUCGGACGGUCUCUGCGCUAAUGGCUCCUCCUGCAACUGCAAAACUGAGCUGAGCAAGGGUUGCAGGGGCAACGCAAAUAUAUAUUUUUUUCUCGAGCCGCAGGAAAGGGGUGACUUAUUGAGCAAUGUUUAAGAAAAAAACAUUUUAGAUUGCGUGCUUAGACGUCGUUCCAACUGUAGCGAAGGGUUCGAAUUUAGAAAAAAUUUCUAAACACCCCAAAUGAACUCCGUCAGAGCAACCAGCAGAAGACCCAGGCGAGUGUCGAGGCCGCGCCCGGUACAGCCGGAAAGGAACAACCAGGAAAGAGAUGAGGACGUCCCUGCAGAUAUGGUUGCAGAAGAAUCCGGUCCAGGAGCUCAGAAUAGUCCGUACCAACUUAGAAGAAAGUCUCUAUUACCCAAGAGAACAGCAGCUUGUCCAGCAAAGACUAACAUGGAGGGUGCUUCCACUUCAGCCACAGAAGACUUUGGCCAUCGGGCAAAACGUGCCAGAGUGUCAGGAAAGUCUCAAGAUUUACCAGCAGCGCCGGCGGAGCACUACCUCCAGGAGAAGCUGCCAGACGAGGUGGUUCUGAAGAUCUUCUCCUACCUUUUGGAGCAGGACCUGUGUCGCGCAGCAUGUGUCUGCAAACGCUUCAGCGAACUGGCCAAUGAUCCCAUCCUCUGGAAGAGGCUGUACAUGGAGGUGUUUGAGUACACACGUCCCAUGAUGCACCCUGAGGCGGGGAAGUUCUUCCAGAUUAACCCAGAGGAGUACGAGCAGCCCAACCCGUGGAAAGAGAGCUUUCAGCAGCUGUAUAAAGGAGCACACGUGAAGACGGGCUUCGCGGAACACUUCUACAGUAAUCCUGCCAGAUACAAAGGAAGAGAGAACAUGCUUUACUAUGACACCAUAGAAGAUGCCCUGGGGGGUGUACAGGAGGCCCACUUUGACGGCCUCAUAUUCGUCCACUCUGGGGUCUACACUGACGAGUGGAUCUACAUAGAGUCACCCAUCACAAUGAUCGGAGCUGCACCUGGUAAAGUAGCAGACAAAGUGAUCAUUGAGAACACCAGAGACUCCACGUUUGUCUUCAUGGAGGGCUCGGAGGACGCAUACGUUGGCUACAUGACCAUCAAGUUUAAUCCUGAUGAUAAGUCUGCCCAGCACCACAACGCCCACCACUGCCUGGAGAUUACAGUCAACUGCAGCCCCAUCAUUGACCACUGCAUCAUACGCAGCACUUGCACAGUGGGCUCAGCGGUCUGUGUGAGUGGCCAGGGAGCUUGUCCCAGUAUCAGACACUGCAACAUCAGCGACUGUGAGAACGUGGGGCUUUACAUCACCGACCAUGCACAGGGAAUCUACGAGGACAACGAGAUCUCCAACAACGCACUGGCUGGAAUCUGGGUGAAAAACCACGGCAACCCCAUCAUCAGACGGAACCACAUCCACCACGGCAGAGAUGUGGGCGUCUUCACUUUCGACCACGGCAUGGGCUACUUUGAGAGCUGCAACAUCCACAGGAACCGCAUAGCUGGCUUCGAGGUGAAGGCGUACGCCAACCCCACGGUAGUGCGCUGUGAGAUCCACCAUGGGCAGACGGGAGGGAUCUACGUGCACGAGAAGGGCCGAGGACAGUUCAUCGAGAACAAGAUCUAUGCAAACAACUUUGCUGGAGUGUGGAUUACCUCCAAUAGUGAUCCUACAAUAAGGGGCAAUGCCAUCUUCAACGGUAACCAAGGCGGAGUUUACAUAUUCGGUGAUGGGCGAGGCCUCAUCGAGGGGAACGAUAUCUACGGUAACGCCUUGGCAGGGAUCCAGAUCAGGACAAACAGCUGCCCCAUCGUACGACACAACAAGAUCCACGACGGACAGCACGGGGGCAUCUAUGUGCAUGAAAAGGGACAGGGGGUGAUCGAGGAGAAUGAGGUGUACAGCAACACGCUGGCAGGAGUGUGGGUGACCACAGGAAGCACACCUGUCCUCAGGAGGAACAGGAUACACAGUGGGAAACAGGUUGGCGUCUACUUCUACGACAACGGCCAUGGAGUGUUGGAGGACAAUGAUAUCUACAACCACAUGUACUCCGGAGUUCAAAUCAGAACUGGCAGCAAUCCCAAAAUCAGACGGAACAAGAUCUGGGGAGGUCAAAAUGGAGGCAUUCUGGUUUACAACUCAGGUUUGGGCUUCAUCGAGGACAAUGAGAUCUUUGACAACGCUAUGGCAGGGGUGUGGAUAAAGACUGACAGCAACCCCACCCUCCGAAGGAAUAAGAUCCACGACGGGAGAGACGGAGGGAUCUGUAUAUUCAACGGAGGACGAGGUUUACUGGAGGAGAACGAUAUCUUCAGGAACGCCCAGGCAGGAGUCCUCAUCAGCACCAACAGCCAUCCCAUCCUGAGGAAGAACAGGAUAUUUGACGGCUUUGCUGCAGGUAUUGAGAUCACGAAUCAUGCCACGGCAACCCUGGAAGGCAAUCAGAUCUUCAAUAACCGCUUUGGAGGAUUGUUUCUCGCAUCUGGUGUCAACGUUACAAUGAAAGAUAACAAAAUAAUGAACAAUCAAGAUGCCAUUGAAAAAGCUGUGAGCAGAGGUCAGUGCCUGUACAAGAUUUCAAGUUACACCAGCUAUCCAAUGCACGAUUUUUACAGGUGUCACACCUGUAACACAACAGACCGCAACGCCAUCUGUGUGAACUGCAUCAAGAAGUGCCACCAGGGGCACGACGUCGAGUUCAUUAGGCAUGAUAGAUUUUUCUGUGACUGUGGAGCCGGGACGUUGUCAAACCCCUGCACACUAGCCGGAGAGCCCACGCACGACACGGACACACUGUACGACUCAGCCCCUCCUAUAGAGUCCAAUACGCUGCAACACAACUGAGCUGGACCCCUGGACUUCCCCCCUCCGGACCCUUCCAGGCCUAUUCCCUAUAUAGUGCACUACUUUUGACUAGGACCCUAUGCUGGCCCUGGGCAAAAGUAGUGCACUAUGUAGGGAAUAGGGUGCCAUUUUGGACAGAGACUCCUGUUUGUUCAGCUAACUAGUCCACCCAUGGGGAGGAGGAAAAAUACAAUACAAUACAAACUUAUAAAUAUCACACAAUGUAAAAAUGACUUUAAAGAAAUAUGAAAAAAUGGAAGUCGUGAUGGACAAAGACGAGCUGAAAGGAGACAUUUACAUAUAUAUAUAUGACAUUUCUGCUGUGGAUGCACUGCCCGCCUGCCCCGCUUCUCCCUUUUUAUUUUCCUUCCCAGCAACGUAUUGACGAGGAGGCAAUGGGACUUGGUCGGUGAUGGAUGGGACUAUGUGUGCAGACAAAUGGGUAUUCUUAUUCCCUUCAUAGGCAUAGACCUAGUCAAAAGUAGUGCCCUAUGAAGGCAAUAGGGUGCCAUUUCAGACAGAUAUUGACUCAGGUUGGAGAAUUCAUGGGAAGCAUUGCAGCUUUUAUAGUGGAGCUGUGGAGAGAUGGAUGGGCACUAGCCAUCAUUAUAAUGGAUCUCCUUGCCUGCCUUUGCGAAGUGGGCAAGUGAAGUCAGACUGCAGUUAUUGUACAGAGCCAUUGAUGGUGGCAUAACGGCAUUGCAACGCUCAGAGCCAUACGAGGAACUAGUUCCUCAGGCGGAGGAGGCAGUCUCGCCACACACUGUUUCUGUCUCCAGCAACAAACCAUUGUGCUGGUGUAUGUAUGGUUACAGAAGAAUAUGUCCUAGCACUUCAGUGUUUUUUUUUUAAGAAAAAUAUUUUAAAUGCUUUUCUCAUGUAGUUUUGUAUUUUCAUGCAAAAAUGUUACUGUACUUGAAUGUCUUAUUUUAUUAAAUAUAUUAAUUUUG